AUGUCCUCUGAAGAGCUAUACUUUGACUAUCGUGGACUCAGUCUUCCCAAGACGAUCCACACCGCAGAAAGCUUGGAGUUUGCGCAGGAAUUCAAAUUUAAAGACGAUGACGUCAUCGCUGUCACCUACCCGAAGUCAGGUACAAUCUGGAUGCAGGAGAUUCUGCCACUGGUGCUUAAUGGUGGUGAUCUGAAGCCAAUCCAAACCAUUCCAAACUUUGAAAGGAUGCCUUGGCUGGAGGAGAUAAAAUUGUCCAUUGUUGUGGAUCAAUUGAAAUCUCCGCGAGCACUAGUGACUCAUUUUCCUUAUCACCUCAUGCCUGCAUCCUUUCACACCUCCAAAGCCAAGGUGAUCUAUGUUGUCAGGAAUCCAAAGGAUGUCCUGGUGUCUUCAUACUACUUCCACCAGAUGGCAUCAUUCCUCGAGGAUCCAGGAACUUUUGAUGAGUUCAAAGAGAAAUUCCUGGAUGGCAGAGUGAUGUUUGGAAAAUGGACGGACCAUGUGAAGAGCUGGAGACACACAGAGCUGACAGACAGAAUCAUGUACAUCUCAUAUGAAGAAAUGGUUCAGGACCUGCCUGCGUCUCUCAGGCGUUUAUCUGGUUUCCUGGGCACUAACCUGAGUGAAGACACCAUUCAGAAGAUCGCAGAGCAUUGCACCUUCAAGACCAUGAAGAACAACAACAUGUCCAACUUCAGCCUGCUGCCAAAGAAAUUCAUGGACUCUGACAAAUCUCCAUUCUUCAGGAAAGGUAUUGCUGGAGACUGGAAAAAACAUUUCAGCUCAGAGCAGCUGGCCCGGUUCACAUCAGUCAUUUGCAAAGAGAUGGAGGGUGAGAGCUUCUCUCUGCCGUGGAGUCUGGACUGAGCCACAGCCAGAGGAGAGACGCAGAGGGAGAAAGAGCCAUGUACAAUAGAUAUUUUUGUCAGAGUAGGAAACUGGUGCUAUUUGGGCCAAACAUUUUCAAAGUUAGGCAGACAAGUAAAAAUCACUUUACUGAUGUUUGUACUCUGGUCAUCAUCCAGCUUCUCAAACAGGAUUUAGAAGAGCUGCAGAGCCUGUUACCUGGAGAGACCACCACCACAUUAAAAUAUAUGUCAACAGUUUUUUGGGGUGUGAAAUGUAACAUUUUCCAGGUUAAUUCCACAAUUGUUUUGCUUGCCCUGGAUGAGAAUUUAUGUUAAACCGCCAACAAGGGAUUGCUUCUUCAACAGUGAUCAUUUGGAUUCUCUCAUCUGUAAAUAAGCUUGUUAAUGAGCUAUUUUGUUAUAUUCCUGCUUCUCAAUUUGGUUAAAACUAACAACACAACUAUUGUUGACUCCUUGCUUGUAUGCAAAAUGUGACUAUGUAAUGUUAUGCAUGUUUAAGGCACCCGGAGCUCAGCUUGUAGAAACUUUUAAUACACUUUCAAUAAAU